CGCGAAGAGGGGGAGCAUUAUGGCGACGUUGGGACCGGAGUCGGCUCGUACUCCUCAUUCCCAGCUCGGUUCUUCUCCUUCUAUCCAGACUCACCUCGGCGGCGCCAACCUGCCUCCCAACCGCGGCUUGGAGCGGGCGCUGGAGGAGGCGGCGGCCAGCGGCGCUCUCAACCUCAGCUCCCGAAAACUAAAGGAGUUUCCCCGGACAGCAGCCAACCACGACCUGACGGAUACGGUGGAGGCAGAUCUGUCAAAGAACCGGCUCGCUGAUGUCCCCACAGAGGUCUGCCAUCUGGUUGCCUUGGAAACGCUAAACCUGUACCACAACUGCAUUAGGACCAUCCCAGACAGCAUGAUCAGCCUUCAGUCACUCACUUCCUUAAACCUCAGUCGUAACCAGCUGGGCUCUCUGCCGGCCUGUCUGUGUGGUUUACCUCUGAGAGUCCUCAACGCCAGCAACAACAAGCUGGUCAGCCUGCCAGAGACCAUCGGACAGCUGCACAGCCUCAUGGAGCUGGACAUCAGCUGCAACGAGAUCACAGCUCUUCCUCGUCACAUCGGCAGACUCAAAGCUCUGCGAGAGUUAAACGUACGCCGAAACCUCCUCUGCGUCCUGCCAGAAGACCUGGCCGAUCUGCCUCUGGUGAAGUUCGACUUCUCCUGUAACAAAGUGUCGACCAUCCCGGUGUGUUACAGGAAGAUGAAACAGCUCCAGUCCCUCCAGUUAGAAAACAACCCACUGCAGAGCCCACCUGCACAGAUCUGUAUAAAGGGGAAAGUUCACAUAUUCAAGUACCUGAGCAUCGAGGCGUGUCGCAGUGAGAAGAUGCCCGACUCUCUCUACCUGCCUGUCAUGGAAAGACUCAGCCUAUCACGGCCCACCACUGGCAGUGUGGAGGACAUGGAGCAGCAGAAGAAGCAGGACAGCGACUCAGGAGUCGGCAGUGACAACGGAGACAAAAGACUGUCUGCUACUGAGCCAUCAGAUGAAGACAGUCUGAGUCUGAACGUACCCAUGAGCCACAUCACAGAGGAGGACGGGAUCAGUAAAGACGACUCCAGUGAACACAUCAGCUCCCUGACAGCGGACCCAAACUCCGACUCAGUCCGUCUGAUUGAGGAGAGCCCUACGGAAGCCCUAAAGGACCAGUUCAGCUACAGAGACUCUACUCUCAGCACUCGCUUCAUCAACUACAUCAAGGGGCGGACAGCAGCAGACUUUGACGAGCCUCUCAGGAUAGAAGAAGACUCACACUGGCCAACAGAACAAAGGUCAAAAGUGACAGGGGGCACAGAGCUCCACAUCGAUAUGAUCAACCAGCUGAAGGAAGCAGUGGAGCUGCUGCAGGACCCCAGCAGAGUGAACGUGGAGCAGGACGAUCUAUCUGGAGUGCAGCUCUACCCAGUGGAGAUGGUCACAGUGGAUGAGUCACUCAACGGACAGGACAGUGAUGAAGGAGCCACAACACCAAAGCGACAUGACAGAUCUCCAGCCAGUGCACUUCCAUCCCUCUCCGGCCCGCCGUUUGGAUUGAAGCCUCGUUCAGCCCCCCCCUCGCUGCCUUGCUCGCCCCCUCCUUCCUGUCUCGACCCCUCCCUCCUCUCACAGGCCUCACCCCUCCAUAGAGAUAGACAUCGUAGCCAUGACGACGGAGGCAUGCACAGCCACGGCGUGUUCCUGCGGAGCCACAAGAGUCUGGAGUCUGUGGAUCCUCAAUUCACCAUGAGGAGGAAGAUGGAGCAGCUGAGAGAGGAGCUGGAGCUCAUGGAGCAGCUCAGAGACAGCAUUGAGAGCAGACUGAAGGUGGUUCUUCCUGAAGACCUGGGCUCGUCUCUGAUGGACGGAGUCGUGCUCUGCCAUCUGGCCAACCACAUUCGCCCUCGAUCUGUCGCCAGCAUUCACGUUCCUUCACCUGCAGUGCCCAAACUCAGCAUGGCCAAGUGUCGGAGAAAUGUUGAGAACUUCCUGGACGCGUGCAGGAAGAUAGGAGUGCCAGAGUCUUCCCUCUGUUCCCCCUAUGACAUCACCCAGUGCCGCCUACAACCGCUUCGCACCACAGUUCAGGCGCUGGUUGGCAUGGAUACAACCUCUCCGGACAGGAAACAGGAAGAGGCAAUCUCAACUCCAAACCCCGCCUCCUCUGGGGUGUCAGAGACUCCCUUAUUGGUUUCUGUUACCACUCAAACCCCGCCUCCAGCUUGGCAAAUCUGGGACCUUAUUGGCUCAAGCCUGGUUCACAUCCUCUGCCUAGUUCUGCUGUUCGUUGCCUAUAGUUGGAGCGAGCUGACGUAACCGUGACAACGGCCUCCCGUCAGUCACCUGACUGCCCCUCCCUCUUUAUGCACAGGCUCCUCCUCUGUAUUUUUGAGGUGUUGCGUUCAUGUCACAUGGGAAAGAUGACGCUCAAAAUGAAACUUGAUUAUAGAGCGACUACACUCAUUUUUAGUAGUAAA